GACAUCAUUUCCAGCUGGGACGUCCUUCACCUCCUCUUUCCCGGCAGAGGCGAUGGAUGCCCACGUGGACCUCCUGACAGAGCUGCAGCUGCUGGACAAGGUGCCCACGCUGGAGAGGCUGCGGGCAGCCCAGAAGCGGAGGGCUCAGCAGCUGAAGAAGUGGGCACAGUAUGAGAAGGAGAUGCAGCACAAGAAGCGGAAGCAUGAAAAGAAGAGAAAUGCUGUUAACCAGAAGAAAGUAUCUUUUGAAGCCAGUGUUGCUCUGCUGGAGGCCUCUCUGAGGAAUGACUUGGAGGAAGUGUGCUACUUGCUGAAGAGCAACAUCAGCCCCGACCUGUGCAAUGAAGACGGACUAACCGCACUGCAUCAGUGCUGCAUAGACAACUACGAAGAGAUAGUCAAGCUUCUCCUCAACCACGGGGCCAACGUCAACGCCAAGGACAACGAGCUGUGGACUCCCUUGCACGCAGCAGCUACGUGUGGUCAUAUCAACCUGGUGAAGAUCCUCAUCCAGCAUGGAGCCGACUUGCUGGCAGUAAACGCGGAUGGCAACAUGCCGUACGACCUCUGUGAAGACGAGCCAACCCUGGAUGUCAUCGAGACUUGCAUGGCCUAUCAGGGAAUUACACAGGAAAAAAUCAAUGAGAUGCGGGCUGCCCCGGAGCAGGUCAUGAUCUGUGACAUUCAUGACAUACUUGCGACUGGACAAGACCUGAACAGGACUGAUGCCCAGGGUGCUACGCUGUUGCAUAUAGCCGCAGCCAAUGGGUAUCUGCAUGCAGCUGAAGUCCUUCUUGACCAGGGGGCAAGCCUGGAUGUUAAGGACUGGGACGGCUGGGAACCUCUUCAUGCUGCGGCCUUCUGGGGACAGAUGCAGAUGGCUGAGUUGCUUGUGUCCCAUGGGGCUAGCUUGAGUGCCAGGACAUCUUUGGAUGAGAUGCCAAUAGAUCUCUGUGAAGAAGAGGAAUUCAAAGUCUUACUUCUGGAGCUGAAACACAAGCACGACGUGAUCAUGAAGUCGCAGAUGAGGCACAAAUCCUCCCUGAGCCGAAGGACCUCCAGCACCGGCAGCCGGGGGAAGGUGGUGAGGAGGGCCAGCCUGUCGGACCGCACAAACCUUUACAGGAAGGAGUGCGAGAAAGAGGCCAUCGUCUGGCAGCAGCUGGGGGCUGCAGAAGAAGGAAGGAAUUCAGGUCUCAUUGGAGAAAUGGGGGAGACUCGGUCUGACCAGGAGAAUACAGACCCCAAUUCAGUGCUGGAGAACUCCUCCCUCCUUCCAGAGUUAGCAAACAAGAGCACCCAGUGUGACUCUGAAAUCCCCCUCCAGAAUGGACUCAUGGCAUCGGCCAGCACUUACCAGUACACCUUCUCCAACGGGGACAUCUGGAGCAUGCACGCUGACCCCGACGGCAGCCCAGGCCACGUGCUGCCCUACGGCAACCCCGGGCUCCCCGACACGCAGCAGUUCUGGGGUGCCUACAAGGAGCACAGCCACCAGACGCUCUCUGAACUGAAGCGGCAGCGGGCUGCGGCCAAGCUCCUCAACCACCCCUUCCUCAGCACCCACUUCGGCAGCGGCAUGGGAGGAGUUGCCGAAAACGGGGGCGAGGCCAAGUCGCACCUAAUCGGAUCCAGGACUUCUCCCUACAGCUCCAAUGGGACCUCGGUGUAUUACACGGUGUCCAGUGGUGAGCCACCCCUCUUGAAAUUCAAAGCUCCCAUGGAGGAAAUGGAAGAGAAGGUGCAUGGGUGCUGCAGAAUUUCCUAG